AUGGUGGCAACGCCGCCGACUAGCACUGGACUGCCGGAGAAACCUCCUGAACUUAGCGGAAUGAGGAGACCUGCCACAGUAUCAUCUUCGCCAGAUAGGAAGAGUGAAAAGGAGACAAAGCAAGAUAAGAAACGUGUGCAUGGGCUGAACCUUGACCAGGAGGAUGUAGAGCUUCCUGUGGAGUUCAUCAAUGCUGAAGUGGUUAUGAUAAUUGCGAAGCUUAUUGGAAGGCCGGUGAGAGUGGAUAGGGCGACCGAGGCUGGAGCUCGCGCAAAAUUUGCACGGGCAUGCGUAGAAGUUGACCUAACGAAACCAUUGUUGUCCCAGCAUAAGGUAGAGGGUAUAACCUAUCUCAUCCAAUAUGAAGGAUUGGAAAACAUAUGUGGUGAAUGUGGUUUGUACAACCAAACGGGACAUAUAUGCAAGUGCACCAAAAAAGUGGGUGAAGAGAAAGAGGAAGAUGUGUCCAUUGUGCCUGAAACGCAAGAUGUUGACCCCACAAAAGGGAGGGUGUAUGGUGAAUGGUGA